UCUGUUGAUGACAACAAGGAUGUGCUUACUUGUCUGUUGAUGACAUAACAAAGAAGUGGUUACCUGUCUGUUGAUGACAACAAAGAAGUGCUUACCUGUCUGUUGAUUACAUACCAAAGAAGUGCUUACCUGUCUGUUGAUGAAAACAAAGAAGUGCUUACCUGUCUGUUGAUGACAACAAGGAAGUGCUAACCUGUCUGUUGAUGACAACAAGGAAGUGCUUACCUGUCUGUUGAUGACAACAAGGAAGUGCUUACCUGUCUGUUGAUGACAACAAGGAGGUGCUUACCUGUCUGUUGAUGACAACAAGGAAGUGCUUACCUGCCUGUUGAUGACAACAAGGAAGUGCUUACCUGUCUGUUGAUGACAACAAGGAAGUGCUUACCUGUCUGUUGAUGACAUAAAUAAGAAGUGCUUACCUGUCUGAAGAUUGCAAUUAGGUGGUGUGUUAAGACGUUCACAUAUUCAUGUAUAUUUUACAAGAGAAGUAGACACAGAAGUGGAACCCCUUCUCCAUGUACAUUGCAGGUCAUUUAACACCGACCAAGACACUCAUCCUAAUUGUGCAGUGUCACUCUGAGUAGCAUGAUAUGUAGCUAAAAGGUGUGAUCAGAAAAGUAUCUUAGCAUGAUGCAUAAUGUCUACAUUACUGGACACCAACAACAUCCAGUCUGUCGCAGUGUCACUUGACGAGGAGAAAGCUGGGGUGCAACAUCGGACUGAGGUAAGGGUGGUGUGUUAUACUGGACUGAGGUAAGGGUGGUGUGUAAUAUUGGACUGAGGUAAAGGUGGUGUGUAAUAUUGGACAGAGGUAAAGGUGGUGUGUAAUAUUGGACUGAGGUAAAGGUGGUGUGUAAUAUUGGACUGCGGUAAAGGUGGUGUGUAAUAUUGGACUGAGGUAAAGGUGGUGUGUAAUAUUGGACUGCGGUAAAGGUUGUGUGUAAUCUUGGACUGCGGUAAAGGUGGUGUGUAAUAUUGGACUGCGGUAAAGGUGGUGUGUAAUAUUGGACUGAGGUAAGAGUGGUGUGUAAUAUUGGACUGAGGUAAGGGUGGUGUGUAAUAUUGGACUGAGGUAAGGGUGGUAUGCAAUAUUGGACUGAGGUAAGGGUGGUGUGUAAUUUAGGACUGCGGUAAAGGUGGUGUGCAAUAUUGGACUGAGGUAAGGGUGGUGUAUAAAAUUGGACUGAGGUAAAGGUGGUGUGUAAUUUAGGACUGCGGUAAAGGUGGUGUGUAAUAUUGGACUGCGGUAAAGGUGGUGUGUAAUAUUGGACUGAGGUAAGGGUGGUGUGCAAUAUUGGACUGAGGUAAAGGUGGUGUGGAAUAUUGGACUGAGGUAAAGGUGGAGUGUAAUUUUGGACUGAGGUAAAGGUGGUGUGUAAUAUUGGACUGAGGUAAGGGUGGUGUGCAAACGUGGACUGAGGUAAAAGUGGUGUGUAAUAUUGGACUGCGGUAAAGGUGGUGUGCAAUAUUGGACUGAGGUAAAGGUGGUGUGCAAUAUUGGACUGAGGCAAGGGUGGUGUGCAAUAUUGGACUGAGGUAAAGGUGGUGUGUAAUAUUGGACUGAGGUAAAGGUGGUGUGCAAUAUUGGACUGAGGUAAGGGUGGUGUGCAAUAUUGGACUGAGGUAAGGGUGGUAUGUAAUAUUUGACUGAGGUAAGGGUGGUGUGCAAUAUUGGACUGAGGUGAGGAUGGUGUGCAAUAUUGGACUGAGAUAAGGGUGGUGUGCAAUAUUGGACUGAGGUAAGGGUGGUGUCCAAUAUUGGACUGAGGUAAAAGUGGUGUCCAAUAUUGGACUGAGGUAAAAGUGGUGAGCAAUAUUGGACUGAGGUAAGGGUGGUGUGCAAUAUUGGACUGAGGUAAGGGUGGUGUGCAAUAUUGGGCUGAGGUAAGGGUGGUGUUCAAUAUUGGACUGAGGUGAGGGUGGUGUGCAAUAUUGGACUGAGGUAAAAGUGGUGUGCAAUAUUGGAUUGAGGUAAGGGUGGUAUGUAAUAUUGGACUGAGGUAAGGGUGGUGUGCAAUAUUGGGCUGAGGUAAGGGUGGUGUCCAAUAUUGGACUGAGGUAAGGGUGGUGUGCAAUAUUGGACUGAGGUAAAAGUGGUGUGUAAUAUUGGACUGAGGUAAGGGUGGUGUGCAAUAUUGGACUGAGGUAAGGGUGGUGUGCAAUAUUGGACUGAGGUAAAAGUGGUGUGUAAUAUUGGACUGAGGUAAAAGUGGUGUGCAAUAUUGGACUGAGGUAAGGGUGGUGUGCAAUAUUGGGCUGAGGUAAAAGUGGUGUGUAAUAUUGGACUGAGGUAAAAGUGGUGUGCAAUAUUGGACUGAGGUAAGGGUGGUGAGCAAUAUUGGACUGAGGUGAGGGUGGUGUGCAAUAUUGGGCUGAGGUAAAAGUGGUGUGUAAUAUUUGACUGAGGUAAGGGUGGUGUGCAAUAUUGGACUGAGGUAAGGGUGGUGAGCAAUAUUGGACUGAGGUAAAAGUGGUGUGUAAUAUUGGACUGAGGUAAAAGUGGUGUGCAAUAUUGGACUGAGGAAAGGGUGGUGUCCAAUAUUGGACUGAGGUAAAGGUGGUGUGCAAUAUUGGCCUGAGGUAAGGGUGGUGUGCAAUAUUGGACUGAGGUAAAGGUGGUGUGCAAUAUUGGGCUGAGCUAAGGGUGGUGUGCAAUAUUGGACUGAGGUAAGAGUGGUGUGCAAUAUUGGGCUGAGGUAAAGGUGGUGUGCAAUAUUGGACUGAGGUAAAGGUGGUGUGUAAUAUUGGACUGAGGUAAGGGUGGUGUGCAAUAUUGGACUGAGGUAAGGGUGGUGUGCAAUAUUGGACUGAGGUAAGGGUGGUAUGUGAUAUUUGACUGAGGUAAGGGUGGUGUGCAAAAUUGGACUGAGGUGAGGGUGGUGUGCAAUAUUGGACUGAGCUAAAAGUGGUGUGCAAUAUUGGACUGAGGUAAGGAUGGUGUGCAAUAUUGGACUGAGGUCCAAGUCACCGAAUAUUCGCUGACUCGUCACCGAUCGGUCUCAACCAUUUGCAAAACAUUUCGCCGUAUCUGUGGUGAACAGUUGUCGAUCAAUCAGUGCAAAACCUAUAGCUGAUUGAUCGGCGAUCAUACCCUAAUUCCAAAUAUGGGCAGAAGUAGUUGUACCGGUCUCAGCGGUCGCCAGUCGGUCGCGAAGGAAAUCAGUCACCAAGAGGUUGCAUCGCGGUCGCAUUGUCAGUGUGACUGUAGUUUUAUAUGCGUAAUACAAAGACAUUUAUGUAAACUAAAUUUUUCUCACUGUUCACUUUUCUUUCCUAUUCUAUUCUUUGCGUCUGUUCCGUUCAUGUUUAGUACAAGCUGUAAAUCAAUAGUGUAAAUAUCUGGGAGAAGGUAUCUUAAGUUGGAGAACUUGUAUCCAAACCCAUUCACUUUUGUGAAUAAAAUAUGUUUAAAUCAAGCCACAUUUCCCGACAUCAUUUUGACAGUAAAUCCGGUAUGUCGAUAAAUUAUCAAUUUUUUCUAAACUUAGUUGUUGCACUUCCUUUGAAAACAAUUCAUUGCAUUUUGGCCUUCGGUAGUUGGUAUCGAAUAUAUUUCCAGAAAAAAGAAAUGCUAAUGACAAAAAAACAACCAAAAAACAUCUUCAAGCUUCUUUCAUGUUGCCAUGUGUAGUUGACAAGCCAUGCCUUCGCAUGUGUUUGUGACGGGCGGCACCGAUGGAGCAGGAUACGCUCACCUUUUCGCGAACACCUAGUGUCAUCACUAUUUGAUAGUGAUUCAUAAACACAUGAUCAUGAUAAAAUCGGAAUCGUACAAUCGACUCCGCGUUAUGAAAAGAUUUCUAUUGGAUAUUGAAAGGGUUUUGUUGCUUUAUUUAUGCCAUUUGAUUGUGAAAAGGGUAGAUGUUUUUCUUCUAAAUGGUAACUUUGCCAAUUAAUGGAAUUUGUGGACAAGCCUGACCAAAAAUAUCCUACUCCAACGCAGCAAAGGGUAAUAAUUCCUACUUCUUCACUCAAAUGUUAAAGAACGUCGCCUUCUGCCGGGGGCACUCACUCUUGUAAGGGGGUACUCUUCCAAUCACUUGCUUUGGGCUAUUUCCACUCAUCUAGAGUGUCCUUGUCUCCCCCAAGUCUAAACCAGAGCUCAGGUCGCAGCCCCGGUCCGCAGACCACCGUCCGAGCAUCAUAGCGGCUCCAGGACCCUCGCCUAGCUCUCGGUCGUUCCCUCUCCUUGUACUAAGCUAGCACCUGAGCUCAGGUCACAGCCCCGGUCCGCAGACCACCGUCCGAGCCUCAUAGCGGCUCCAGGACCCUCACCUAGCUCUCGGUCGUUCCUUCUCCUUGUAAUAAGCGAGCACCAGAGGUCAGGUCGCAGGCCCGGUCCGCAGACCACCGUCCGAACCUCAUAGCGGCUCCAGGACCCUCACCUAGCUCUCGGUCGUUCCUUCUCCUUGUAAUAAGCUAUCACCAGAGCUCAGGUCACAGCCCCGGUCCGCAGACCACCGUCCGAGCAGCAGCGGCCCCAGGACCCUCGCCUAGCUCUCGGUCGUUCCCUCUCCUUGUAAUAAGCUAGCACCAGAGCUCAGGUCGCAGCCCCGGUCCGCAGACCACUGUCCGAACCUCAUAGCGGCCCCAGGACCCUCCCCUAGCUCUCGGUCGUUCCCUCUCCUUGUGAUAAGCUAUCACCAGAGCUCAGGUCACAGCCCCGGUCCGCAGACCACCGUCCGAGCCUCAUAGCGGCCCCAGGACCCUCACCUAGCUCUCGGUUGUUCCCUCUCCUUGUAAUAAGCGAGCACCAGAGCUCAGGUCACAGCCCCUGGUCCGCAGACAACUGUCCGAGCCUCAUAGCGGCUCCAGGACAGCACCUAGCUCUCGGUCAGCCCUUGUCUGUGAUAAGAAUCAGUCAGCUCCCAAGUUCGUGCCAAAACCAUUAUGAUGUAUAUGUAUAUUAAAUAUGUUGCAUUCUAUCAUUGCUUGUUGUGUUGGCACAAAUCAAGUGUUAAAGAACGUCGCCUUCUGCCUUGACAAAUUCGGCUGACCUGCACCUCUUUGAGACUCCUGGGUGUGGGUACUGUUGGUAACAUGUUUGUUGUAUAUCGAUACUGUAUCUGUUUUGUUCUGAUAAUUUUUAGUUUUCUGCUUUCAGAAAUUGAUAAUAUUUUACUGGCUGUUUCGGUAAGGAAAUUCUAUCAGCUGACCGUCUUUCAGAAAUAGGGUUCCGAUUUAGGAUUAAAUAUGUAGUUUGAGGUGUAUGUCUCGCUCCUUCUGCCAAUUGUCGUCACUAUGCUUGAAAUACGCAAACAGCCGUUCGGACCAAAAAUGUGUGAACAGUUUUGCAACCAAAUAGAAGGACAGACAUUGUGCUUCUAUUCAGCGGACAAGUUAUCUUGCCGAGUAACUGGUGACAGAAAUUACACCAAAGCUGAUGAUGAACAGACUCUCCCUGAAACUACAACCUUGCGUGGUAGUGUUAUGGAUGCAACAACCACAAGCUGCCAGCAGUAUUCCCGACUCGUACACAGCAGGAAUAGAGGAUUGCAAUGUGCGGAACGCAUCUAUGGUGCGGGGAAAUGGAACCCGGAUGUGAGGACUAGCCUACUGAUAGCCCCCUCUGCCGAGCGCCUAAAAGCCCCAUUCUAUAAAUUCAACAUUAUGAACAAUUCAGGACAGAGACUUGCACUAUGGGGUGGAGAGAACGAGGAGAUACUUGACAUAGCCUACAGUUCCAGCCUCAAGGCGAUCGUUGUCGCGCAAGGAAAGGGGGACUUGAUUGCUAUCAAUGUAAACAGUGGAGAAGAAACGAUUAUAAAUCAAGGGCGUCUUAAUUAUCACAUCGCCGUUGAUGAUGUCAACAAGUACAUAUUUGCAGUUGGUGUCUCACACGAGGACAGUGUCUUCUAUCUUUUCGAAGGGAUCGACAUCAUUAGGAUGAAAACUGAUGGCAGUUCAUUCGCAGCUGUUUCCACUGCCCCAUCGGCUACCACUUCAGAUAUGGUUGUAGACUCAACCAGAAAGAAAUUUUUUAUAGCCAUGCCCCAUAAGAUCUUUUUUGGUAGAUACACGGGAAGGUCUACUGGACAUUUCCGUGUAGAAUCCUCAGGCAAAGGUCAACUAGCGUUUGAUGUGGAUGAAAACGUCUUGUAUUAUAACUGGGGACGAAAUAUGUAUCAAAUGUUGAUCACAACGGGAAAGGUAUCUAAGAUCGUGUCACUCCAGUGUCGAAUGGUUGACAUGUUAUAUUAUUCUGGACUUCUGUAUUACACGUGUGCUGAGGACAUGGAUAUUCAUGUCAUGAAUGUUGUCAAACGAAAAUCGGAGACUUUGAAAACAGGUAAUGACCUAAAUGCGCAUGAGAGUAUCAUUUCUCUAAUACCAUGACAAUAGUGAGUGAGUGAGUAUGGUUUUACGCCGCUUUUAGCAAUAUUCCAGCAAUAUCACGACGGGGGACACCAGAAAUGGGCUUCACACAUUGUACCCAUGUCGGAAUUGAACCCGGGUCUUCGGCGUGACGAGCGAACGCUUUAACCACUAGGCUACCCGACCGCCCCACCAUGACAAUAAAAACCGCGUGUCAUAGUCGCAAUCGUACAACGUACACUGCUUUUGGCAGAGAUGACCUUUGAUUAGGAACAAAUAUGGUAAUGUGGCAUUUGGUAUGGAUUCUGAUGUUCUAUGAGCUUAUGGUAUAAUGACAAAGUAUUCCACUUGCAGAAAAGAUAAUGGCUUAAUUACCCAGUACUUCACUUCCAGAUAAGAUAAUGGUAUAAUUAUCCAGUAUUCUACUUCUAUACAAGAUUAUGGUAUAAUUGAGUGAGUGAGUUAAAGUUUAACGUCACAUCGGCAAUAUUUCAGCCAUAUCGUGACGAUAUGGUACAAUUACCCAGUAUUCUACUUUUAGAUGGGAUAACAGUAUAGUUAUCCAGUAUUUUACUUCUAGAUAAAAAAAAUGAUGUUAUUGCCAGGUACUUUACUUUUAGACCAGAUAAUGAUAUAAUUAUCCAGUGUUCUAUUCUUUUAUAGAUAAUGGUAUAAUUAUCCAGUAUUCUACUUCUAUAUAAGAUAAAGGUAUAAUUGCCCAGUAUUCUGUUUCUAGAUAAGAUAAUGGUAUAAUUACCCAGGACUACUUCUGGAUACGUUAAUGGUAUCCUACUUCUAUAUAACAUAAUGGUAAAAUUACCCAGUACUUUACUUCUGGAUAAGAUAAUAGCAUAACUAUCAAGUAUCCUACUUCUAUAAAACAUAAUGGUAUAGUUACCCAGUACUUUACUUUUAGAUAAAAUUAUGGUAUAAUUGCCCAGGACUUUACUUCCAUAUCAGUUAAUAGCAGUUCUUUACUUCAAUAUAAGAUAAUGGUAUAAUUACCCAGUACUUUACUUUUAGAUAAAAUUAUGGUAUAAUUGCCCAGGACUUUACUUCCAUAUCAGUUAAUAGCAGUUCUUUACUUCAAUAUAAGAUAAUGGUAUAAUUACCCAGUAUUCUACUUUUAGAUGGGAUAAUGGUAUAAGUGCCCAGUAUUCUACUUCUAUUUUAGAUAAUGGUAAAAUUACCCAGUAUUCUACCUCUAUAUAAGAUAAUGGUAUAAUUAUCCAGUAUUCUACUUCUAGAUAAGAUAAUGAUAUAAUUAUCCAGUACUUUAUUUCUAGAUAAGAUAAGGUAUAAUUACCCAGUACUUUACUUCCAUAUCAGAUAAUAACAAUUGUUUACUUCUAUGUAAGAUAAUGGUAUAAUUACCGAGUAUUUUACUUCUAUAUAAGAUAAUGGUAUAAUUACCCAGUAUUCUACUUCUAGAUAAGAUAAUGAUAUAAUUAUCCACUACUUUAUUUCUAGAUAAGAUAAAGGUAUAAUUACCCAGUACUUUACUUCCAUAUAAGAUAAUAACAAAUGUUUACUUCUAUGUAAGAUAAUGGUUUUAUUGCGCUUUCAUGAUGAAUAAAA